CAGCAGCAAAUAAGCUAACGAGUUAUCAUCUAAAUAAAUGGCGCAAUGCAUGCUCUUUGAAAUGGCGCAAACUUUUCUAUAUUGGUUUUUCCUGCGAACAACGUAACUAACUUCCAUUAACGAAUCGAUCGAGUUUACUUUACAUUUACAACCCCCAAUUGCUUGGGCCUAGGGUUUAUACAUUAUAUUGAAUCUCAAGAUAUGGCGAUCAUAGGAGAUGCUCUACGACAAGCAUUCAUGCCGAAACACGAGUACCAGAACCUCCGUAACGAAGACAAAGCAUGGAUUAAGCUACGACGGCCGAUCGUCAUCUCUAUUUUCGUAUUCUUGAUCUUUUGUAUUGUCAUUUCAUCUGCACUCAGCUUCAAAAUGGUGUUCCCCAGUGAUCUUCAACACCGCCCUUUCUGCAAACAUCAUCGUAUUGAAUCGACAACAAAUAACGACCAUGAGGAUAGAGAUUUCAAUUUUACGGAUCAACAGAUUGUUUAUUAUUACUGGAUGAUUGCGUUUGUUCCUUCGGCUAUCCUUUUCUCGACGUCUGCUGUUUACCUUGUUGCUGGGAUGUCUGUAGCUUAUACUGCUCCAACAAGACAUGGAUUUCUAAAAGUGGUCGAGAAUAACUACUGUGCUCCAAAUGGAGGUAGGUCUUUUUCUUCUCUAAAUUAAAUAAAACUUCUUAGGGAGUCAAAAUGACCAUUUUACCCUUAUAUUCUAAAAACAAAUUUCAUCAUAUUCAAUAAUGUUAAUGUGAGUGGGUUUAGGAAGACAAAAAUAGGUAAAAAAAGUUAGUGUCUUAAUACAUUAAGCCAUGUUUUUUUUGGCUUAACUCAUUAAGUCAAAAGAAACAACCAUGUAUAUUUGUACACGUUAAGUACACAAAAGAAGUUUAUAUUAAUUUUUGUGUUUUUACAGGAGGUGUGCGAUGUCUAUACAUUUUGAAUUCAAUAUUUGCAAUAAUGUUUGGUUUUGUAGCAAUAUUUUUUGGUUUAGUUCUCCUUACAAGUGAGAGCAUUUGUUCAUUACCAUUGUUUUGGUGUUAUGAGGUUCAAUGGUGGGGCCUAGUUACUCUAUAUGGGGCCACUGCCUCCUUGUUAAGAAGGAAAGCUGCCAUGAUUCUUGAUGAUGGUGACAUUGAUGGGCAUAACCAGAUUAUUGGAAUAGAAAUGUUGGAAUUUGGUGAUGUGGAAAUGACACCGGAUGUUGAGAGACGAAUUAAUCAAGGGUUUAGAUCAUGGAUGGGAACAUCGUAUUUGUCUUCUGAUGAUGAAGAUGAAGAUGAAAAUGGUUAGAUUUUGAAGGCAAAGAGUGUUAGAUUCAUAGAUAUGUACAAGAAAUAGUAAUUAUAGAGACCAAAAUUAAACCAACAAUUUGUAUCAUAGCCGAAAGUUGCAACAUAGUUUUGUAGAAAUUGAGAACCCCAAUAUCAUUUUGAUUUGAUGCUA